UGCUGCCAUCUCUUAUGUCAGGAUGCUACGAGCUCCUGGAGUAAAACACAAUCAGAGGAGGCUGGGUUCUGGUCCUGUGGACCUGACUGAGACUGAGAGCACUGUGGACAUCAGCAGGUCAGAUUCUGAUGAGGAAGACUCGGCUGAGAAGCAGAGGAAGAGGAAGGUUGUAGAUGGUUUCUGGCAGAAAAUGAUGUCCAAUAAAAAAGCCCCAGACAGGAAGAGAGAAAAAGAGAGGAAUGGAAAGAAAGACAACAUCCCUCUUCCUCCUACCACUCCUCCUCUUCCUCCGACCACUCCUCCUCCUCCUCGUUCUCCUCUUCCUCCCGUUCUCUCUCCUCAAGUACUGAAGGUCGAGGCGUCUGCCGUACCGGUGACCAGCCUGCCAGCCACAUCGCCAGUUAAAACGGAGGGCACGGUGAAGAUGGAAACCACCGUGAAGACCGAGGAGUCCCCGUGUCCUCUAGUCCCUCUUCGUGUUCCUCCGUCGCAGAGUGAGCUGCUGUCCCAUCUCCCUCCUCUCCCCCCGACCCCUUUCCCUUCCUCCCUCCCCCUCGAGGCGGCCUCCUACUCCAUCCCCCAGAAGCCCCUUGUGCACCUGGCCCGUAUCCGAAACCCUGCCCCGUGUCUGGUCAUCCACUGGAGGGUCACUGAGGAAGACCCCGCGGCGCCCGGCAUGGACAGUUACAGUAUCUACAUCGCUCAGGAGAGUCAUAGCAGCAGCGUCUCCCCGUCCUGGAGGAAUGUGGGUGUGGUCAAGGCCCUGGCCCUGCCCAUGGCUGUCACGGUAACCAAGUACCAAUCGGGUACCACCUACGUCAUCGUAGUGGGCAAGGACCGGUAUGGUCGCUACGGACCGUACAGCGACGUACAGACUGUCCUCCUGGCAUAGAGACGUGGCGGGGAGUUCUGGUCGUCUAGAUCGAAGGUCACUUUCUCCCCCUCACUCCCUCCAGAGGUGAGAGUUGAAAGGUCACUGAGAUCUAGUGACCUGCUAGACUCCGGGAAUUCUCUGUGCUACCAUCUAAAGAGGAACAGAAGGAGGCGAAUAAAAAUUAUUUUUAGUUGUUGUGUUUUUUCAAUAGCAUUGCCUAUUAGCAUUGCCUAUUAGCAUUGCCUAUUAGCAUUGCCUAUUAGCAUUGCCUAUUAGCAUUGCCUAUUAGCAUUGCCUAUUAGCAUUGCCUAUUAGCAUUUCCGAUCCGAUGAAAGAUACUCAGCGACGCAUGUCCCAACUCAUCCCACG